UCUGACGUCAUGACAGCAGCAUCAGCUGUUAGCUCCGCUUUAAGCCUUUUCGCCGCCGAUCGCUUCCCGCACAAAGGAAAUAUAUGAGAUCCCCUCUAAUCCCUGAAAUGGCGACACAGGAGGUACAGCUGAACGAGACUCUGGCCCACCUCAAGACGGAGUCGGAGACGCUCAAGUCGAAGCUGGAGGAGGAGAGAGCCAAGCUGCACGACGUCGAGCUCCAUCAGGUGGCGGAGAAGGUGGAGGGUCUGGGUCAGUUUGUCAUGAAGACCCGGAGGACGCUGAAGGGACACGGAAACAAAGUGCUGUGCAUGGACUGGUGCAAGGACAAGAGGAGAAUAGUCAGCUCCUCACAGGAUGGCAAAGUCAUUGUAUGGGAUGCUUUCACCACCAACAAGGAGCAUGCGGUGACAAUGCCCUGCACCUGGGUGAUGGCCUGCGCCUACGCCCCGUCUGGCUGCGCCGUCGCCUGUGGAGGCUUGGAUAACAAAUGCUCGGUGUAUCCUCUGUCUCUGGAUAAGAAUGAGAAUUUGGCUGCAAAGAAGAAGUCGGUGGCCAUGCACACAAACUACCUGUCCGCCUGUAGUUUCACCAACUCAGACAUGCAGAUACUGACGUCCAGCGGGGACGGGACGUGCGCGUUGUGGGAUGUGGAGAGCGGGCAGCUGCUGCAGAGUUUCCAUGGACACGCGGCAGACGUGCUCUGUCUGGACCUGGCCCCAUCUGAGACCGGAAACACGUUUGUGUCAGGGGGCUGCGAUAAGAAAGCCAAUGUGUGGGACAUGCGCUCAGGACAAUGCAUUCAGUCCUUUGAAACUCAUGAAUCAGACAUUAAUAGUGUGCGGUAUUAUCCCAGUGGAGAUGCUUUUGCAUCUGGUUCAGAUGAUGCUACAUGCCGCCUGUAUGAUUUAAGAGCCGACAGAGAAGUGGCCAUUUAUUCCAAAGAGAGCAUCAUAUUUGGAGUCUCCAGUGUUGAUUUCUCACUCAGCGGUCGGCUACUGUUCGGUGGUUACAACGAUUACACCAUAAAUGUUUGGGAUGUUCUGAAAGGAACACGAGUGUCCAUCCUGUUUGGACAUGAAAACCGUGUCAGCACAUUGCGCGUGUCCCCCGAUGGGACGGCCUUCUGCACAGGUUCCUGGGACCACACUCUCCGGAUCUGGGCUUAAGCAUCAAGGAUCAACUUGAGGACAGACGUACUGAAGAAUACAAAAGACACAGCUGUUUCUGUUAGUUAUAUCACAAUCACAGACAUAGAGGCUCAGUUCUGGUUGUACAUAGGGCAUAUUAAUAGCAUUGUAUAUAUUCCAGUCUGUUGGCCAGGGUAGAAUUA